CAAUUUUAAAAAUGAUAUACGUAUUCAAUAAGCUUGAAGAUUUCUUAUAUCUCUUCUAAUACUCUAAUUGUUCAAGAAAAGAUGAGUCCAAUUAAAACUUCAAGCAGUAAAGAGUUGGAUAUCGAUUAUUUAAUCGAAAACUUAACUUUACCGGAGAAAAUCUCUUUGUUAGCUGGUAAGGAUUUCUGGCAUACAGUCCCCAUUCCAAGAUUAAAUAUCCCUUCAAUCAGAGUUUCUGAUGGUCCAAAUGGGAUUAGAGGAACUAAAUUUUUUAACAGUAUUCCUUCGAAUUGUUUCCCAUGUGGUACCGGUUUAGCCGCUACUUUUAACAAAGAUUUAUUAGUGGAAGCUGGUGAAUUAAUGGGAAAAGAAGCUAAAAUGAAAGGUGCUUCAGUUAUAUUAGGUCCAACUUGUAAUAUUGUUCGUUCCCCACUUGGUGGAAGAUCAUUUGAAAGCUAUUCCGAAGAUCCUUUAUUAUCUGGUCAUGCUGCUGCUUGUAUUGUUAAGGGUAUUCAAAAUGAAAAUGUUGUUGCUUGUCUUAAACAUUUUGUUUGUAAUGAUCAAGAAGAUGAUAGAAAGGCGGUUGAUACUUUGUUAACUGAUAGAGCCUUCAGAGAAAUUUAUUUGAAGCCUUUCCACAUCGCCAUUAGAGAUGUUAACCCAAAAGCUUUAAUGACUUCAUACAAUAAAGUUAAUGGUGAACAUGUUUCUCAAAGCAAAGAAAUUAUUCAAGAUAUUUUAAGAAAGGAAUUCAAUUAUAAUGGUGCUUUAAUGUCUGAUUGGUUUGGAACUUACUCCACCAAAGCGGCUUUAGAUGCUGGUUUGAAUUUGGAAAUGCCAGGUCCAACUAGAUUUAGACAAGCCAUUCAAACCCUUCAUGCUGUUCAAGCCAACCAAAUUAGUCAAGAAGUUAUCGAUGAUAAUGUUCGUUAUGUUUUGAGAUUAGUUAAUGAAGGUUUAAAAGCUGAAAUUCCAGAUGAUGUCAUUGAAUCUGCUAAUGAAGAUCCAGCAGCUGGUGAAUUAUUAAGAAAAGUAGGUGAUCAAUCCAUUGUCUUAUUAAAGAAUGAAAAUAAUAUCUUACCAUUAUCUAAAAUUGCGGUCAAGGGACAAGAGAAGGUUGCAAUUAUUGGUCCUAAUGCCAAAGCUGCCCAAGACUCUGGUGGUGGUUCGGCUUCUUUAGCUGCUCGUUACAAAAUUACUCCUUGGGAAGGUAUCAAGAGUAAAAUCGAAGAAGGUGGCAAUACCGUUGCUUUAGAGUACGCCUUAGGUGCUUUCUUGGACAGAAACUUGCCAGAUGUUGGUGAUAUUUUGAUAAACGAAGAAGGUGAAAAGGGUAUCGAUGCUAGAUUCUAUAAACAUGCUCCAGGCUAUAAAGGUGAUAGACUUUUACUUGAGACUUACAAAUUGUCUACUUCUAAAGUUUUCCUUUCUGAUUUCAAAAGUGAUAGAUUAGAACCAAAUGAUAUCUUAUUUUAUGCCGAUUUCACUGGUAAUUUUAUUCCAGAUGAAACAGCAGAAUACGAAUUUGGUGCUUCGUGUUUAGGUACAGCUCAAGUUUUUGUUGAUGACGUUUUAGUUGCUGAUAACAAAACUAAACAACAAAAGGGUGAUGCAUUCUUUUUAGGAAUGGGUACUAGAGAAGAAAGAGGUUCUAUUUUCUUAGAAAAGGGUAAGUCAUAUAAUGUCAGAUGUGAAUUUGGAUCUGCUCCAACUUAUACCUUGGAAGGUGGUCCAGUUGAAGCAGGUGGAGUUUACUUUGGUAUCAGAAUAAAAUCAACUCCAGAAGUCGAAAUUAAGAAAGCUGUAGAAAUAGCUAAGACGGUAGAUAAAGUUGUUAUUGUUGCUGGUCUUUCAAAAGAAUGGGAAUCAGAAGGUUUUGAUAGACCAGAUAUGGAAAUCCCAGGUUACACCAAUCAAUUAAUUGAUGAAAUCACUAAAGUUAACUCCAAUGUUAUUGUUGUCAAUCAAUCAGGUUCUCCUGUUAAUUUCCCUUGGUUGGAUAAGGUUCAAGCCUUAGUUCAUGCUUGGUACGGAGGUAAUGAAUUAGGAAAUACCAUUGCUGAUGUUUUAUUUGGUGAUUAUAAUCCAUCUGGUAAGUUGUCAGUCACAUUUCCAAAGAGAUUGCAAGAUAAUCCAUCAUAUAUAAACUUUGGUUCCACUAAUGGUCAAGUUUGGUACGGUGAAGAUGUUUUCGUAGGCUACAGAUAUUAUGAAAAGAUUGAUUUGGAACCAUUAUACCCAUUCGGCUACGGUUUGUCUUACACUACCUUUGAUUUUAAAGAUUUAGUUGUCAAAUCAAUUCGUGAUAAUGUAAAUAUUAAAGUGCAAGUUACUAAUACAGGUAAAGUUAAAGGUGCUGAAGUUGUUCAAGUAUACAUUCAACCAGAAACUCCAUUGGUUAACAGACCAGUCAAGGAAUUGAAGGAUUUUGCCAAGGUUGAAUUAGAAGCUGGUGAGUCUAAGAUUGUUGAAUUGAACAUCAGUAUUAAGGAAGCAACUUCUUACUGGAAUUCUCAAAAGAAAUCAUGGCAAUCAGACAAAGGUUCAUACAAAAUUUUAGUCGGUAACAGUUCAAGUAAUAUUAGCCUUGAAGGCAAAUUCAUUACAUCCAAGACCUUGAAUUGGUUAGGUCUUUAAUUUUAGUUAUUUAAUGUCAAUUGGAGUAUUUAAGGCUUCUUUUUGUUAGUUAUGCUUUUAAUAGAUUUACGAGUUAUUUUAAUAUAGUAACAUAUCA